AUGUCCAAGAGUAAAGGAAAAUUAAGCAAAGGCGGCAGUUCGUCCUGGAAAACACAGAGCAGUAAACGUAUUACAGAACCAAAAGAAGAAUUUAUUAACGGUUCCGGAAAGUUUGCAUUUCCUAACGGCGAUUUAUAUGAAGGAGAUUAUUGUGCUCAUAUUAGCGGUUUAGUUUGGAGAGAAGGAUCUGGUACUUAUACCACCAAGGAUGGGCAUGUUUAUGUUGGAAAAUGGUACAAUGAUAAAAUUGUCGAAAAUUCAGAAAUAAUGAUAUAUUAUCCGAGCGGAGUUAAAUAUAUGGGAACCAUUUCAAAGAACAAAUAUCAAGGCAAAGGAAGCUACAGAUUUGCUAACGGUAUAAUACUUAAUUGUCAAUUUGUGGAUAAUAAACCUUCUGGACUGUUAACUGCCGUAGAUCUAAAUGGAAAUCCAUGGAUUGGUGUGUCGGCAGACACUGAAUCGACCUUAUUACAAGAACAUCUCUUUUAUAGAGAUUUAGAUGAGGAAAUGGGUAUUGGUAAAUCUAGAAUAUUCAAAUUGCCCCCGGAAGAAAGUAUACAGGAAGAAUCCUACCAUCCGGAGGAAGACGUGUUCGAUCAACAUCCAGAACAUAUUUUUAAACACAGCACUCUAACGGAACCGGAUGUGAACUUUUACGAUUCUCAAUGGUAUCAAAAUUAUAUUCAAUUUAAAUUUAUCCACCAUAAAAUUAUGAGUCAAGUCAUAAAGUCAGGAGCUGCCAGUUUGCCACUCAUCAGUAAAGAUUGGUUCGAGUCGUUUCAGAAUUUUAAGGAAGAUUAUAAUUGUAUUAUUAUGAAACGGAAGAAGUCGAAGGAAGACAAAUUUGAUGAGGAACUUUUCGACAUGUUCAACCAGAAAAAAUAUAAGAAAACUUGUCCACCAAUAAGUGUUAUUUAUCCAAACAUUGAGAUAUCAAAGAAAACAUCUGCUUCCGACAUAUAUUCAGACACUCUAGAAAAUAUAUCCUAUAUAUUUUAAUAUACAUUUUAUACAAAUAUAUUCUACUC